AUGAACGCCAAGUCCGACUCCGAGAUGGAAGCCAAGGCCGAGCACGAGGAGCUCGAUGCCAUGGGCCACGAGGCGCGCCGCCAUCGCGCGCACCUCACCCGCAGCGUGCUCCUCAAGACGGACACCAGAGUCCUCCCCGUGCUGGCGCUCCUCUUCCUCUGCUCGUUCCUCGACAGGACCAACGUCGGCAACGCCAAGAUCAUCGGCCUCGAAAAGGACCUGGGCAUCACCGACCUGCAGUACACGCAGGGCCUGGCCGUCUUUUACGCCACCUACAUUGCCAGCGAGCUCCCGAGCAACCUCGUCCUCAAGAAAGUCUCGCCCAAGAUAUGGCUCCCCUGCCUGACGGCCGCGUGGGGCCUCGUCACCAUGUGCCUGGGCUUCGUGCGCGGCUACGCCAGCUUCGUCGCCGUGCGCGCCGUCCUCGGCGUGACGGAGGGCGGUCUCCUGCCCGGCAUGGUGCUGUACCUGUCGGGGCUGUACACACGCGGCGAGCUGGCGCUGCGCAUCGGCAUCUUUUAUACGGCGGCGUCGCUCUCGGGCGCCUUCGGAGGCCUGCUCGCUAGGGGACUGUCCGCCAUCGGACCCCGCGGCGGACUCGAGGGCUGGCGAUGGAUCUUCAUCAUCGAGGGCCUCCUUACCAUCGUCGCCGGAGCCAUUGCCUUUCUCGCCCUUCCCAACAGCCCCGCCACCGCCCGCUACCUCACCGAAGAGGAGCGCGAAUGGGCCAUGAAGCGCCUCGCCGGCAACGGAGACGACCGCUUCGACCUCGCGCGCGAGCGGGAGGAGCGCUUCCGCUGGAGCGAGGUCCGCCGCGGCGUCUUCAACGUCCAGGUGUGGCUCUCGUCGACGGCCUACUUUGCCAUUCUCUCGGGGCUGUACUCGUUUGGCCUCUUUCUGCCGACGAUUGUCAACGACAUGCACAUUGCCAGCAACCCCAACGAGACGCAGCUCUGGACUGUGAUUCCCUACGCCGUGGCGACACCGGUGACGGUGCUCGUUGCCUUCCUCUCCGACCGGCUCAAGCGACGCGGCACGCUCAUGCUCGUGGUGCUGCCCAUCGCCAUCGUGGGCUACGCCGUCAUCGCCAACAUCAAGGCCGCGUCGCCGCGCUUCGCCAUGACGUGCCUCAUGGCCAUCGGGCUCUACGCCGCCGUGCCCUGCGUGCUCGUCUGGAACUCCAACAACUCGGCCGGCCACUACAAGCGCGCCACCACGUCGGCGCUGCAGCUGGCCGUGGCCAACUGCGGCGGCUUCGUCGCCACGUUCGUGUAUCCGGCCAAGGAGGGCCCGUACUACCACAAGGGCCACACCAUCAUCCUGGGCCUGCUGUGCUAUGCCUGGGUCGCCGUGGCACUCAACGUCUUGUGGUGCGUCAAGAUCAACCGGGAUAAGAGGCGCGGCAAGUACGACGCGUUUGCGGGCUGCGGCGACGACCGCGACCCGGAGUUUAAGAUGGUGCUGUAG